AUGUCAAUUCCAUCAUCUGCACUUGUCUUUGAAUCAGGGAUCAACACAAUCCCCAGAAAUACUAUGGAGCCCAAUUCUCUGGAUGCCCUUGUCCGACUCCAGUUGGAGGCUGCUUCCAGGGAGUUGGCAGCAAAGGCAAAGUUUACUACAAAUGUUUCAUCGCCCGAACAACGCCAGAAUAUCAUCAACGAUGUGGGAGAAUAUCUUACCCAGACCGCCCAAAUGUGGCUUUCUUUGACAGAUAGACUGGUUAAGGGACCUCAUGUAACAUCAGCUGCAGAGGAGGCACACGAGCUGUCCUACAACAAGACGCAUAUGGCGGACUUACAGCCUAUGGCUACAAUGGACAUGAACAUCAGCAAGCUUGGCAAGAUCCGUGAUCUAGCAGAAAAGUUCUCUGAAGACGUACAAGAAGUCUGGCGACGGACACCUGAACCUGGAGGAGUUUUAUCCGCACCAACUUACCACACAGUCCCUUCCUUCCCUGCUAUUAAAUCUGAAUCUUCAGGCUGGAAUCGGUCAUUCUCUGGAGGCAACAACAUGGACGUUGGAGCUCGAGAAAGCCAGAGAGCUAUGCUAGCAUCUCGAAGCACCGAUGACGCUCAAUCACCUGGUGGAAACCUGUCCAUUUCAGAAGACUCAGAGGACGAUGAAGAUGAACAAUUCAGCAAAAUCGACAUGGACGCUCUUAAACAGAGAGGUAAAGGCUCGUACUACUGUCCCUUGGGACAUCGUUGUGACAAGGGCGGUGUUGACAAGGAGGGGAAACUUGUGGUCUUCGAUCGAAAUUCUUCUUUUGCGUAUGCUUAUACUUAUCACCCCGAGUUGCUGGUUUAA